AGAGAGAGGCAGAAAGAGAGAGGAGGAGGAGAGCGAAGAGUUAUUUUAAAAAUAACGAGAGACGAGUAAAAAGGUAGGGCAAAGACAAAAACACCUCUCACUCUGUGCAACAUUUCAGCUGUUUGUCAAACUCUUUCCCGUGCCCAUGGAUCCGUCAUCCCAGAAGUUACUCUGAGGACGUGAAAGCAGAGAGAGAGGAGAGACACGGGCAGAGAGGAGGGAGAGAGAAAAGCAGCAAACCUUGGCUGAGGUGAGGAGAAAAGCAGUUGUGUGGGAGAGAGCGGAGGCGACGAGAGAGCGACGAAAGGCGGGGGAGUGGAGGAGUGAGGCUCCCCGUUCUUCCAGAGAAGUGAGAGGGGAAACGGGAAGAAGAAGAAGAAGAAGAGAGGAGUUAAAGAGUUGGGGAAGGAGGGAGCAGAGUCGGCUGGACAUGGGGCUUUGUGCUGUUCUCCUCAUCUGUCUCUCCCAGGCUGAGCUGGGGAGAGUCUGGGCUCGAGAGCAUGAAGAUGCACUGAGAGAAGGGACUCCUCUGCGGACAGAUGGGGAUCUGUUCGGUUUUCACAGAACCAGGAGGGACGAGCGGAGCCCAUACAAGCACAGGGAGGCCCGCAACGCACAGGCUGAAGGAGGUGGAGGACUUGAUAUCAGUAUGCUGCCGGACAACAACAUGACCCGCAUAGUGGAGGACUCCCAGAGGUACUACAGAUGGCAGAGUUUUGGUCCAACAGACAGACGGACUGAGGACUUGUGGGUGGAUCUGAACAACCUGCACAAGAGCCAAGUUCAAAUCCACGGCAUACUGUCCAACAAAUACCGACAGGCAGCAAGGGUAGCGCUUUCUUUUGAUUUCCCUUUUUAUGGACACUACUUGAGACAAAUUAUCGUAGCGACUGGUGGCUUCAUCUUCAUGGGGGAGAUUACUCAUCGGAUGCUGACGGCUACACAGUACGUCGCUCCACUCAUGGCCAACUUUGACCCAAGCUUUUCCCAGAACUCAACAGUGAGGUACUCGGACAACGGUAAUCUAUUUGUUGUGGAGUGGGACAAAGUGCGGCUAAAGGACCGAGAGGCUGAAGGAUCUUUUGUUUUCCAGGCAGCGCUCCAUAGAAAUGGAACCAUUGUUUUCAACUACAGAGAUAUCCCUGUGCCAGUGGUGAAAAUUAAUUCCACCGAGCAUCCAGUGAAAGUGGGACUGUCUGAUGCUUUCAUGGCACACGUCCCCUCCUCACAGGCCUCAGAUACCAAGCACCGUACUAUCUAUGAGUAUCAUCGUGUUGAGAUUGACGCCACAAAGAUUGUUAGCAGAUCUGCUUUUGAGUUCACGCCUUUGCCCACUUGUCUUCAACACACAACCUGCGAUCUCUGCCUAUCAUCCAACUUGACAACCGGCUGUGGCUGGUGCAACACACUUCAACGAUGCUCUGACGGCAUCGACCGGCAUCGACAAGAGUGGUUAGAUUAUAACUGUCCUGAAGAGGCUAAAGGCACAUGUGAGGACUACAACCAGGAACUACCUGAGGGGUCUAUGAUCUCCUUCAACAACUCUUCCCCAGGUCCAACACCAACUGCAGUGGUGGCCGAAGACCAGCCUGUCACUCGAGAUUCACAGACCGGGGGUCCUCCAAGUCAUAAGGGGAUAACUGAGAACACGGCCAUCAUAGCAGGUGUAGUGGCUGCGUUGGUUCUGCUUGUAGCGCUGACCUUACUGGCUGUCUACUACAUCAACACACACCCCACAGUGGCUCCACCGUUCUACCUCAUGCAGCGACGCACCAAUAACUUCUGGCCCUCCAUGAAGUUCCACAACCAGGGCUGUCACUCCAGUUACGCCGAGGUUGAGCUUGGGGGUCACGAAAAGGAAGGUUUCAUUGAAGCUGAGCAGUGCUGCUAAGGGUCCUGGACCUUCAGGACUCGGACAGAAGAAGAAAGGACACCAUCUUGAGGACUGUAAAGGUAUAACAAGGGGAUGUAUAUGGACGAUCAGGCCGACCAUCGACACAGAAUGUCCUCACUCCAACCUUGGCGGCUGGACAGUGUUUACUGUAACUGCUCUUGUAGCUCUUGCCAGCUUUCUCUGUGUCUUCUGCUCUUUGCCAUCACACAGGGGAUUUGCCAUAUUAUCCAAGGGUUGGAGGGUCUGAGCGGAAGACGACUGUACAGAAAUAAUGAGAUGCAAACGUGUAACUGUACGAAACCAAUCAAUGCAAGGGGAUGUCAGGGAACGAAUCGAACAAGCCUUCAUACUGCAAACCAAUGUACAGCUCAACUUAACUAUGUGUUUUUAUUUUGUUUUCAUUCAGUUUAUGUUAUUAAUUAUUGUUAUAUUCAGUUACUUUUGUUUCAUGAAACUUCCACGCGACCAAUGACUGGUUCAUAACAUGUUAUAUCUCUGUGGACUUCACUAUAACAGAUAUUUAGCUAUAUAACUGAUAGUGAUUAUAAUGAAAUUCUCUGGAGAAAUGUUGUUGUUUGGAUGAAUUUUAGAGGCAUCAAGUUACCAGAGUUUUCUUUGAACCUUUCUGUUUAAAUGUCUUCUAAUAAAAGCUGGUGGUGAGUGUUGA